CAAACAGUAAGUGUAAUGCGUGUCGUAAGAAUAGAAUUACUGCAUCUUGUGGGAAGAGCUGAAGCAGGCGCUCUUGGCUCGGCGCAGCCCGCUGCAAUCCGUGGAGGAACGCGCCGCCGAGCCACCAUCAUGCCUGGGCAUUUACAGGAAGGCUUCGGCUGCGUGGUCACCAACCGAUUCAACCAGUUAUUUGACGACGAAUCAGACCCCUUCGAGGUGUUGAAGGCAGCAGAGAACAAGAAAAAAGAAGCCAGCGGGGGCGGUGUUGGAGGUCCCGGGGCUAAGAGCGCAGCUCAGGCCGCGGCCCACAUCAACUCCAAUGCGGCAAACAGCUGCGCAGAGUCCCAGAAAGAACGCAAGAACCCGCUGCCAUCCAACAUCGGCGUGGCUGACAAGAAAGAGGAGACGCAGCCGCCCGUGACGCUUAAGAAAGAUGGAUUAAGACGUGUUGGAAAAAGACCUGAUCAACAACUUCAGGGUGAAGGGAAAAUAAUUGAUAGGAGACCAGAACCGCGCCCACCUCGUGAAAGACGAUUUGAAAAGCCACUUGAAGAAAAGGGUGAAGGAGGAGAAUUUUCAGUUGAUAGACCAAUUAUUGACCGGCCUAUCCGAGGCCGGGGUGGUCUUGGAAGAGGUCGAGGCAGACGUGGACGAGGAAUGGGCCGAGGAGAUGGAUUUGACUCUCGUGGCAAACAUGAAUUUGAUAGGCAUAGUGGAAGUGAUAGAUCUGGCCUGAAGCACGAGGACAAACAUAGAGGUAGCGGAUUUCACAACGGGGGAACUGUCAAAGAUGAAUUAAUGGAGCAACCAAAUGUGACUGAGGAAACACCUGAAGGUGAAGAACAUCCAGUUGCAGACACUGAAAAUAAGGAAAACGAAGUUGAAGUAAAGGAAGAGGGUCCAAAAGAAAUGACUUUGGAUGAGUGGAAAGCAAUUCAAAAUAAGGACCGGGCAAAAGUAGAAUUUAAUAUACGGAAACCAAAUGAAGGUGCUGAUAGUCAGUGGAAGAAGGGAUUUGUUCUUCAUAAGUCAAAGAGUGAAGAGGCUCACACUGAAGAUUCGGUUAUGGAUCAUCAUUUCCGGAAGCCAGCAAAUGAUAUAACGUCUCAGCUGGAGAUCAAUUUUGGAGACCUUGGCCGCCCAGGACGUGGUGGCAGGGGAGGACAAGGUGGCCGUGGGCGUGGUGGACGUCCAAACCGAGGCAGCAGGACUGACAAGUCAAGUGCGUCUGCUCCUGAUGUAGAUGACCCAGUUAAGCUCUGGCUUAACUGGAUGCCAUAAGAUAACCCUGGUUCCUUUGUGGACCCUACUUCUCUGAGGUUUUGCAUGCUUAAGGAUCCCAACAGUCUAAGAAAUUAAAAAAAAAGAAGAAAAAAAAAGACUGUCAUUCAUACCAUUCACACCUACAGACUGAAUUUUAUGUUUUGAAAAUGAACUUCUCUCGCUACACAGAAGUAACAAAUAUGGUAGUCAGUUUUGUAUUUAGAAAUGUAUUGGUAGCAGCGAUGUUUUCAUAAUUUUCAGAGAUUAUGCAUUACUUCAUGGAUAUUUUGUAUUGCUGCUUGCAAAUAUGCAUUUCCAAACUUGAAAUAUAGGUGUGAACAUGUGUACAAAAAAAAAAAAAAAAAAAAGAA